AGGUCAGAGAAAAUUGUCACUCAAAGUCAAUGGUUUUGCGUUGUUUUAUGGCCAACAAAGACGAUAGAGCCUUAAUAUUAAAAAGUGAAGUGAAGUGAAGAAAUUGUACUUAUUUAUAGCCAAGGAAAGAAAUUGACUGUGGGUAAUCAUAUUGUUGUGAUAUAUGGGGUAAGGUUGUGAGGUUAAAAUUAUUUGGUUGUGAAAAUAAUAGGUGUCUGUGUUGUAAAUACCACAUCAAUUAUAUAAUUGCAAUACCUAAGUAGCGACACUACUGAAAUUUUAAUAACAUUGUUCGUUUUCUUUUGUGGUACAAUGAAUCGACCGGAUAAGCGGGAACCUGAAUACCCCACAGAGCUAGAGUCUCAAUUUAUACUGAGACUGCCAGAAGAACCUGCUAGAGUGCUAAGGGAAGUAUUAGUAUCAGGAGAAAAUUUGAAAAAUCGUUUAACUAUUCAACUCGAAAACGAUAUGAGACAUGGUGAAGUACGUUUUGAUCAUUGGCUUAUGCAUGCUAAAAUUGUGGAUUUACCAACCAUAGUAGAAUCACUUAAAACAAUUGACAAUAAGAGUUUCUAUAAAACAGCAGAUAUAAGUCAAAUGAUGAUAUGCAAAGAUGAACCAGAUCAGCUCACAACUGAGGAUGAGUUUCCAACAAAGAACAAAAAGAAAGAUCUAUAUAAAGUAGAUAAGAAAUUCUUGUGGCCACAUGGUGUCACUCCACCUACAAAAAAUGUUAGAAAACGGCGUUUCAGAAAAACUCUAAAGAAAAAAUGUGUUGAAGCCCCUGAAAUAGAGAAAGAAGUUAAAAGACUUCUCAGAGCUGAUAAUGAGGCAUUUAGUGUUACCUGGGAAGUAAUAAAAGAAGAGGAUGAGUUGCACUCCAAGCCAGAAACAAGCAAACCUUCUCAUGUUAAAUCUGAGAAGAAACCCAAAACUGAACGCAAUGUAAAGCGUGAAGUGGCAGCUAAACCUAAUAAUCCUGGAUCUUCCAAUGUAGUGGACAUAUUUGGAGGUGCUGUCAGUGACAGUGAUUUAGAAGACGACAAUAUCAAUGUGGAGAUGGAAGACAGCAGGCUAUCUGCAUAUGAUAGCCGUUUGUCUGACACUAACUCAAUGCAUGGGAUGGGUGAUAUUUCUAAAAGAGAACUACCUAUUGAGUUUGACUCCCACAUGUUCCAAACACCCAAGAGGUCUUCAAACAAUAGCCGCUCUGUAACUCCAGGGGCUUCAUACUCUAAGAGUGGUGGCUUGUCUUCUGAAGAUGAUGGUGACUAUCAUUCACGGGAUAUGACUAAAGAAAAUAUGACAGAGAGAAUUGAGCAGCUACAAACAGAGCUAGAAGAACUUAAACAACGUAGGCAAAAAACACAGCUUGAGAUAGCAGGGAUGGAAAACCAGGCUUUGAGACAGAGAUUUUCUGAAGCAUUGCAUACUUUAAAUAAAGACAUAAUGUAUAAAGAAAUGGAAUAUCAGGGACUUCUAACACUUCAAAAUUCAGAUGAUAUUUGAAUUCAUUCAUCAUUGUUAAUAUAAUAAUUUUUUGGCCAUAUUUCAAUAACUUUCAUAUAUUAUAUUUAUUCAUAAGCACCAUAAUAUUUUAAUUACUUAUAAGUACUUAGGUUAAGGAAAGUACCCAUACUAAGGUACCAAUAUUUUGAACUUUGGCUACAAAUUCAGCCAAAUAAAUUAAAGAUUUUUUGUCCUGGUGUAACCUGGUUUUUUCUGUUACAGUAGAACAGUUUGUUCGUACAACUACAGUCUGUUGAGAUUUUUCAGUUAUUUCACUAAAAGAAAAGUCAUAAUAUAUACUAUAUAUGUGUCCUUAUAGAGGGAAUAUUAAAUUUGAAUCUAUUUCAUAGGUCUUCAAAUUGUAUUCUUAUAAAAACUGUAUUCUAUAAGAUAGAUAAAACUCUUUAUUGCACCAUAAGAGUAAAACAUACAAAACAACACGAUAAGAUUGUAAUUCUUAACUCAUAUUUUUAACAAAACAUAUAGGUAUAUAUUGCAUUAAACAUAUUAUAUCUACACUAACUUGUUUACUUAGAACUAAGAAAAACUUAGAAGUUCAAUUUUAUGAACUAAUAUUUUAUUAUAUUAAGUUUUAAUAAAAUUAUGAAAUAUUUUAUUUUAAUUAUAAGCUAACAAUGUCUCGUGAAAACUGAAAGGACACAUUCAGCAAUAUAAUGUGUCCUUUCAGUGUUUCUGAGACUGUGUAGGCUCUAUCAACCCAUGUCCAAUGUUUGUGUAGGUACGCUCAAAU